UCACUCCAUUGAAUCAUUUCAGCGCGAAAUUUUUCUUUUAACGGACCAUCAGUCAUCAUUUCAUUUACAUCAUCAGUAGUUAAGUUAUGGCUUUCAGCAUACAAUCGUUUCAGUGGCCCUGAAAUUCGAAUAAUUGUGUAAUUCUCCUCCCCUAGUCUGAAACAAUCCCAGUAUGACGAGUAUCCACGCUGGUGCAAUUAGCGAAGUCCACGAAAUGCCGAUGUCUGCGAUAAUAAGACCGUUUCAGUCUCAACUCGAAGAAGACAAAGUGAGUUCAUUGAUGAACACACUAUCGAACCCGAGUAAAAAAAGCGAAGUUCCACCGAUCGAUGUGUUAUGGAUCACUGGACGUGAAGGUGGGAAUUAUUUUUACAGUUUUGGGGGCUGUCAUCGAUAUGAAGCGCAUAAAAGACUGAAUUUGGAUACGAUUAAAGUCAAGUUAGUUAAGUCGAAUAUUCAAGAUUUGAAAUGUUAUUUAGGUGGCAGUAUGCCCGAUUUGAAAUAAACAAAUGUUGUUUA